CACCGUAUGAUAUCGUGGCGUUUGCUGAUGUGAGAAGGUUUGCCCUAGUUAUCCGGUUACCUGAUAACUGUCAUUUCUGAAAAAACCCAGUCUUAAUUUGUUGCUUCUAACAUCACAUACAGCACCGGACAGCGUUUCCUUUAGCGGGUCAAGAUGAGGCGCGCCGGUUUGGGUGAAGGAGGUUCUGGUAGUUAUGUAGCAAGUGGAUACAGUGUGUAUGAAGAGGAAAAUGAACACCUACAGGAGGGACUGAGAGCUAAAGUCAACGCUUUGAAAAGUCUGUCUAUUGACAUCGGAACGGAAGUCAAAUACCAGAAUAAAAUGCUGGAGGAUAUGGACACAGACUUUGACUCGACGGGCGGCCUGCUUGGCGCCACCAUCGGCAGAGUGAAGCAGCUGUCCAGAGGCAGUCAGACCAAACUGUUGUGCUACAUGCUGCUCUUUUGCUUCUUCGUCUUCUUCGUCUUGUACUGGUUCAUCAAGCUGAGGUGAUAGCAGGAUCCUCCAGGAUUUGGCCCUUUUAAUUUGACAUCUUUCCCCCCAGUCAGUGCCAUGGUAAUGCAUCUCAAAACUAGACCAAACAUAGUGAAGAUGAGGAAAGGCAGGGAUUAUUUUUCGUAAGUGUCUCAGCUUUUCAGUCACCCUGGUGUUUGUGAGCACUUCAUACAGUGAACCCAACACUGAGUCAUGAAAGGACUCCUCCUGAAGCUAUCUGAAAAAAUAAAACUGGCUUAGAAAAGUGCAUAAGGUUUGAGGUGAUUAAUGAUCAUGUGAAGUAGGUAUCAUGUAUACCUUAAGUAGACAAAGCCAGUAUUUGUAUGUACUCGGUAUCAGCCCAGUUGACCUUCCUCUCAACCUGAAUUGGGAAGAUGAAACAUAACAUGAAACAUAUAACUGGAGAAGGAACUAAAGUGUCAGUAACCUUAAAGCAGUAGUGGGGACAUUGAAUAAUAAACAGCAACAAAUCUGUGGAUUACUGUAUCAAACAACCCAAGUUGUGUAAGAAGUGAUUAAGUUACAGAAACAAAUGUAUUUGCUUUCAAGAAAGAAUGGAAAUAUCACAUCAUUCAUUGUCAUCCAGACAAUUAAUAGCAGUGUACUUCAUUACUGUUUAAAUUUUGUUGUAAAAAAUGAUUUCUAAUGUAAAUAAAGACAUUUUAUGCUCUGAA